GAAGAGAAGGCGGGCUUUUCCGGGUGCCUUGGUGUAGUAUUCGCUUAGUAGUUAAGCAGUCUUAAAUGGUCCUGGCUGCUGUGUUCUGUGUCCUGUGUUUGGAUUCUGUGAGGCAUAUUCAGGCAAGCUCCGAAGUUGCGACAUGGAUGCAUUGACCUAUGAUGAUGUACAUGUGAACUUCACCCGAGAAGAAUGGGCUUUGCUGGAUCCUUCACAGAAGAGUCUCUACAAAGAUGUGAUGCAGGAGACCUACAGGAACCUCAGUGCUAUAGGUUACAAUUGGGAAGACCAUACUAUUGAAGAACAUUGUCAAAGUUUCAGAAGGCAUGGAAGGCAUGAAAGAUGUCAUACUGGAGAGAAACCCUCUGAAAAUACUCAGUGUGGUAAAGCCUUUGCACAACGUAGUCAUCUCCAAAGACAUAAUAGGACACGUACUGGAGAGAAACUCUAUGAAAGUAAGCCACGUGAUAAAGCCUUUACAUACGAUUCUCAGCUUCAAAAUCUUGAAAGAAUUCAUACUGGAGAAAAACCCUACAAAUGUAAUCAAUGUGGUAAAGCCUUUGAACGUCAUUGUAAUCUUGGAAGGCAUAAACUAAUACAUACUGGAAGAAAAUCCUACAAAUGCAAUCAGUGUGGUAAAGCCUUUUCACAAAACAGUCAUCUCCAAACACAUAAUAGUACACAUUCUAGAGAGGAACUCUAUAAAUGUAAGCAAUGUGGUAAAUCCUUUACAUGCCGUAAUGAACUUCAAAGUCAUAAAAGGAUUCAUACUGGAGAGAAAUCCUAUGAAUGCAAUCAGUGUGGUAAAGCCUUUAAAUCUCAUCUUUAUCUCCAAGUACAUAAAAGAAUACAUACUGGAGAGAAGCCCUAUGUAUGUGAUCAAUGUGGUAAAGACUUUGUAGUUCAGAGAGAUCUUAAAAGACAUAAAAGAACACAUACUGGAGAGAAACCUUACAAAUGUGAUCAAUGUGGUAAAGCCUUUGCAUCUCAUCGUUAUCUCCAAGUACAUAAAAGAAUACAUACUCGAGAGAAGCUCUAUGAAUGUGAUCAAUGUGGUAAAGCCUUUGCACAACUCGGUCAUCUCCAAGUUCAUGGAAUAACACAUACUGGAGAGAAACCUUAUGAAUGUGAUCAAUGUGGUAAAGCCUUUGCAUCUCAUAGUUAUCUCCAAGUACAUAAAAGAAUACAUACUGGAGAGAAGCCCUAUGUAUGUGAUUGGUGUGGUAAAGCCUUUGCAUCUCAUAGUUAUCUGCAAGUACAUAAAAGAAUACAUACUGGAGAAAAUCUCCAUGAAUGUGAUCAAUGUGGUAAAGCCUUUGCAUCUCAUAGUUAUCUGCAAGUACAUAAAAGAAUACAUACUGGAGAGAAGCUCUAUGAAUGUGAUCAAUGUGGUAAAGCCUUUACAUCUCAUAGUUAUCUCCAAGUACAUAAGAGAAUACAUACUGGAGAGAAGCCCUAUGUAUGUGAUCAAUGUGGUAAAGACUUUGUAGUUCCGAGUGAGCUUAAAAGACAUAAAAGAACACAUACUGGAGAGAAACCUUACAAAUGUAAUGAAUGUGGUAAGGCCUUUGUAGGUCAGAAUGAUCUUAAAAAACAUAAAAGAAUACAUACUGGAGAGAAACCUUACAAAUGUAAUGAAUGUGGUAAAGCCUUUGUAUGGAUUGGUAAUCUCCGAACACAUAAAGUACUACAUACUGGAGAGAAACCUUACAAAUGUAAUGAAUGUGGUAAAGCCUUUGCAUGUAGCACUAGUCUCCGAACACAUAAAGCAAUACAUACUGGAGUGAAACCUUUCGAAUGUAAGCAAUGUGGUAAAGCCUUUGUAGGUCAGAAUGACCUUAAAAGGCAUGAAAGAAUUCAUACUGGAGAGAAACCUUACCAAUGUAAUGAAUGUGGUAAAGCCUUUGUAUUUGAUGCUAGUCUCCGAAAACAUAGAGCAAUACAUACUGGAGUGAAACCUUAUGAAUGUAAGCAAUGUGGUAAAGCCUUUGUAGGUCAGAAUGACCUUAAAAGGCAUGAAAGAAUUCAUACUGGAGAGAAACCUUACGAAUGUAAUGAAUGUGGUAAAGCCUUUUCACAAUCAAGCCAACUCCAACUACAUAAAAAAACACAUACAUACUAAAGAGUAACCCUAUGAAUGUAACCAAUGUAGUAAAGCCUUUAUUGUGAUAUUCAAAGGUAUGGUGGUUAAAAUAUACGUGGCCCAUGGCAAGUGGCAUUGUUAUGAGGUAUGGCCUUUUUGGAGUAGAUGUGGCCUUUGAGGAAGUAUGUCACUGUGUGUGUGUGUGUGGGCGGGGCUUUCAGACCCCAUGCUUAAACUCUACCCAGGGCAGAAGAGUCUUCUGGCUGCCUUCUGAUCAAGAUGUAGAACUCUCUCCAGCACCAUGUCUGCUUGGACACUGACAUUCCUUCCACCUUGAUAAUAGACUGAACCUCUGAAUCUGUAUACCUCCCCUCCCCCCAAUUAAAUGUCCUUUCUAAGA